UUGUAUGGAAAAAUAAGCGAGCGAAAUCGUAUUUGUGUUAUUCUGCACUUUUUAUUGGGUUAGAACAUAAGUUUCUGCCGAAUUUCAACAAAUUGCUUGUUUGCUCAGUGUCGUAACGUCGAUUGCAUUGAAUGCAUUUCAUUUUAUGUCGUUCAAACAGAAUGUAAAGGCAAUGCCGUCUCAUCCGAGGCCUAGAGGCUUUUCUAGUGGAUCAAGUAGCUCAGGUCGAUCAGCUGCCCAAAACACACCAAUGUCCGAACGACAACAAAUGGCAUUGCUCAUGCAAAUGACAUCGUCCAAUCAAGUAGAACUCAGCCCAGGUGGUCAAAGUUAUCUACCUGCUCGAUCGCGGGAUCGCAAUGAGCGCGGAGAGACCGCAUUACAUGUGGCAGCUAUUAAGGGCGAUCAUGAAGGUGUCAAGAAAUUACUGGAUCAAGGCAUGAGUCCGAAUGUUGCAGACUUUGCCGGCUGGACCCCAUUGCAUGAAGCUUGCAAUCAUGGCCACACUAACGUUGCCAUGAUGCUGGUGAAGGCUGGUGCGAAUGUGAAUGCAAAAGGACUGGACGACGAUACCCCAUUACAUGAUGCAGCGGUUAUGGGUCAAUUGAAAUUGGUCAAAUUGCUGGUGGAGCGCGGUGCUGAUCCGUACUUGAAGAAUAAGAAAGGCAAAACGCCUUGUGACGUUGCAUCUGCACCCACAGUCUACAAUUAUUUAAUUUCGGCGAAAGACACCGCUGGUGGUGGUCGCUCAAGUCAACAGAACAAAAAGCCGUCAGAUGCAAAAAAGGUUCAAGAUGACGCAGAUGAUUCAUCCAGUCUGGCCGGCAUCACCGCUUCCACCAAUUCCACACCGAAUACAACCGCUUCAAACGUGACGAAAGACGAGGACGAUGUGUACGAAUUCAAAUCGACACCGAAAGAUUCAUCAAGCUCCUCUGGCGAUGACAAAUCGGAUGCUGGUAAGGGUUCGGACAAGUCAUCGGAUGAAAAGAGUGACGAUCAGACCGUUAACCAAUUGAAGCGCACUUACUCCGAUGUGGAAACGAAUGAAGAUGGAAACAGUGCAGACGAUGAAACGAAGAGAAAGAAGCGAAAGGAUUCGGAGCAGACUGUCAAAGAUGCGGGUAAAGGAUCUGUGAGCAGUAGAAACACACCUCAACGACAAGAAAAGGGUGCGAAAGCUUCUGGUGGACCGGCAAAGAGUGUUUGUUUGAAUAAAGUCUCGACUGCGUUGGAAAGAAAGAGUCCUUGUCCUAGUCCAAAGCCUCCGAACAAUAAAACAACGGACAGUGAUGCUGAAGCGGAUGAUAAGAACGGCGACAAUUUUGGUAGUUCGGGUCCAAAAGUUCCUCCACUAAAAAUUGUAAUACCGCAGCAAGGUAUGAGUGGUGAUCAAGAAACUGGUUCUAGGAAUGGGAAAAACGCUUCAACCAGAAAUCACGCCGCGUUGCCAUAUGUUGUAGCUUCAUCGUCGAAUAGUAAUGAUUCGGCUGAUAAAGAAAGCGUUUCGUCUCGUUGUACAAGUCCUUCGGAUUCUGCAAAGAGUGUAGAUGAAAAGAAAAUGUCCAACGAGGAACAACGUCAGCAACGAGUGUUACGUAGUUCACACCGCGGUGGACAAUCUGUCGAUAGAGGUUCAAAUAAUUCAUCUCCGCAGUUACAAAGCAGUUCUCCAUCACCUGCACCAGCUAGUACUUGUGAUCCAUCGACGAACGAGGCCACACCGAAACAAGCUUCAACAUCAACACCAAAUAAUAAUCCCAGCCCUGCCAAUGCACCUUCGACUUCCGACACCGACAACAACACUAACGUUCCGAGUCCGUCUUCAACAUCAUCGACUAAAGAAUCUACGCAGAACACAGUCGAUUUACAUCCGAGAAAGCGAAAAAUUCGUGCCAGCAAAGAAGAGAACAAACAAUCAGUCAGCGCUCCAUCAUCAUCUACAUCCAGUACGGAUAACAAUGACAACGUGCCAUCAAACGAAAUCCAUCCACACGAUCAACCAAUCACUAAUUGUUACCAAUCGUUCCACUUGAUUCGUCAGCAAAUAGAACGACGACAUCGAAAUUUGUUUCCCGUUCAGCCAAAAGCACCGCAAGGAUUCCAGGACUAUCUGAUGAAUCGACGAACGUACGUUUUGGACGGUAAGACGCCAAACGAUGUGACAACAAACACACCAGCCACCGUUGCCGUACAGAUGAAGGAUCUGUACACGAUGCAAGAAAAAGAGCGACACAAACUGAAAAUGCAGCAUGUGGUGGAGAAGGAGAAAUUGGUGCUGGCUGUCGAACAAGAAAUAUUGAGAGUUCAUUCACGGGCAGCACGGGCGCUGGCCAAUCAGUCAUUGCCCUUCUCAGCGUGUACCAUACUUCGGGACGAAGAAGUAUACAAUAUGAUUACACCCGAACAAGAAGAAAAAGAUCGGAACGCCCGGUCGAGAUACAAUGGACGUUUAUUCAUUAGUUGGUUGCAGGACGUGGACGAUAAAUGGGAAAAGAUUAAGGAGGCAAUGGUUCUACGACAUCACAACGAAGCGGAAAGUUUGAAUGCCGUGCAAAAAAUGGACUGGGAAUGGAAGAUGAAGGAGCUGACAUUAUGCGAAUACAAAGCUCAACCGGUGAUCGAAGAAACACAUGUGCCAAUGGUUCACGUCAGCGAAGAUUUCGAUUUGCUGCCUGCGUAGUGUAGCCGGAAUAGUGUUAAACAGAAUAUGCCAUCUGUUUCAUGCGCUUCGAAGCGUUAAGCGGCACCGACUGUGUUAAUGUUUUAAGUACUAAUUUACGAGAAACGCCUAUGACUUACAGAUCCAACCGUGUACACAUCGGUCGGACUAGAUUAAAAGAUUUUCUUUUGUAAGAGUCAAUGUAAUUUAACGGUAAAAAUUAAUGAAAUAAAUCUAAGACAAAUUUCAAAUGCA